CUGGCUGCUGGCCGUUGGUUGGAAAGUCAAGUCAAGUGUGUGUGUGUGUGUGUGAGCCCUGCUAGAGCUAUCGGACUUUUACCCCCCUGUUGUUGUCGUCUUGUCUUUCGUUUUCGUAUUUUGUUUGUCGUCCUUUUUCUAACUUCACACGCUCGGGUAUACCUUACGCGACACAAAGGCCGAGCUCCGCGGUCGACUUGUGUGAUGUUUUAGAAAAGUUUCCCGAAAGCUUCUUUGAGGAACCGGUGGACGAGCGACACCACCGGAGAUGGAGAAGCUAACCGAUAGCUGAGCUGCUAGCCGCCGAAACCCGGACCACAGGAUAGGCUCGAGCUACAUGCUAACGACUAGCGGGUUUAGCUAGUUUUAUCGUUUAAUUAAUUGACUUCAUUAACCCGUAACGUCGGAGUUACUGCUAGUUUCUCCUCGGGCCUUGCCACUAGUCGGUGUUCGGUUCGUCGGAGGCCAGCUAAACGCAGGAAGAGUCGGUCUCUGUUUAAAAGGAAGCGGCAGAGCCGUGUUGUUGAGAGGUGGCUCUUGUUCAUCUCUCAAGACUAUUAGAAAUGCUGUCCAACGCACAGAAUCAGCCGCUGUUCCCCAACACGGCGGCGCAGCAGAACCCGGCGGGGCAGCAGAACCCCACGGGCCAGUUCCUCCCCUUUCACGCCAAACCCAGCUUACAGAUCAAGAAGAACGCCAUAACAGAUGAAUACAAGGUGACCAGCCAGGUGCUGGGGCUGGGCAUCAAUGGCAAGGUUCUUGAAAUCUUUCAGAAGAAGACCGGUGACAAGUAUGCUCUGAAGAUGCUGCAGGACUGUUCCAAGGCACGUAGGGAGGUAGAGCUUCACUGGAGGGCCUCACCUUGUGCCAACAUUGUGCGCAUCAUUGAUGUUUUUGAGAACCUCUAUCAGGGCAGGAAAUGUCUACUUAUUGUCAUGGAGUGCAUGGAUGGUGGUGAGCUUUUUAGCCGAAUCCAGGACAGAGGAGACCAGGCGUUCACAGAGAGAGAGGCAUCUGACAUCAUGAAGAGCAUAGGGGAGGCCAUACAGUUCCUACAUGCCAUCAACAUUGCCCACAGGGAUGUCAAGCCAGAGAAUUUACUGUAUUCAACAAAGAGACCCAAUGCCCUGCUCAAACUCACAGACUUUGGUUUUGCCAAGGAGACCACAUCACACAACUCUUUAGCUACUCCUUGUUACACACCCUACUAUGUUGCUCCAGAGGUUCUGGGCCCAGAGAAAUACGACAAGUCGUGUGACAUGUGGUCGUUGGGUGUCAUUAUGUAUAUCCUGUUGUGCGGGUACCCUCCAUUUUAUUCUAACCACGGUCUAGCCAUCUCACCUGGGAUGAAGAGGAGGAUCAGGAUGGGCCAGUAUGAGUUUCCUAAUCCUGAAUGGUCUGAUGUAUCAGAGGAAGCUAAACAACUAAUAAGGACCCUUCUAAAGACCGAGCCGACCCAAAGGAUGACCAUCACCGAGUUCAUGAAUCAUCCAUGGAUUAAUCAAUCGAUGGAGGUUCCUCAGACCCCGCUUCACACCAGCCGCGUCCUCAAAGAGGAGAUGGACGCAUGGGAGGAUGUCAAGGAGGAAAUGACGAGUGCCUUGGCAACAAUGAGGGUUGACUACGAGCAAAUUAAAAUCAAGACCAUUGAAGACUCAUCCAAUCCACUGCUAAUGAAAAGGAGGAAGAAAGCCAGCAAAGCCAUGGCGGUGCCAAACGCUGCUGCCCACUGAAAGAUGCACGUAUGCAUGCACAUACAAACACAGGUUGUGAAAAGGAAGCAAUAAUUUGUCGACACUUGUCGCAUUGCAUGGUUUUUUUCAGUGUUUUAUUUUUCAUGGCAAAUUCUAAUGUUUUGUAAGAGUGUUUGUUUUUAUUACUCUACCAUUUUAACAAACCCAGCACUCUGCCCUGGCAGAGAGGAUGUGGAUCUGUGUUUUUACACCAGUGAAGAGAUUAUGAAAUAUAGAAAAGGGGAGGAGAGGGAGUUCAUGAGACCUCUCCCCUCUUCUUUCACAAAUAUCAGGUUGUGUACUCAUGUGGGCCUGAAUGUUGGAAAAGGACAAGGAAGCCUUAGCAUUAGCAGUAGUUAUCGUUCACCCCACGGCCCAACUCUCGCUCUUGCCCCAAACCUAUGAAUGUUGAAUGAAAUGGCUAAAUCCCAAAAAGUUAAAACAAGGGAAGGUUUCUUUUUACAAACAUGCAAAGUAAGCAUAUUUUGAACUGACAAGUAGAAUGUAAGGACUCUGUCCCUGACCGUUGGAAUUGGCUUCAAGUUGUUGCUAAUUCCUGGGACUGGGACUAGGACAGUCUGUCAGGUUCAGUUUGUCUUUGUGAAUGUUGAACAGAGGCCUAUGCACUCACACGAGGGCCGUGUGCCAUUCUGACAGAGCACCUCACUCGUGGCCCCUCUCUCCUACCUUAAUCUACACUUGUUUUUCAGGUUCAUAGUUUUAGGGCAGAGGAAGAAGCCACGUUUAAAAGCUGGCCCAUCUUUCUACUGUAUGUAGCUCAUAGGAGAGUAGGGGGCAACUGAUACUGUAUUUUUUCACGGAUUUUUUUAUUUUAUUUUAUUUUUUGAACGCUUUAGUAUAGGCCUUACCGAGUAUUGCUAAAUCAACACAUGACUUUUAAUCCCCACCGACCACAUUUAGUUCAAGCUUUUACCAAUGUUGUGCUUCAGAAUUUUCAAACUUUGCCACAUUAUUUCAGGUUAAUGCUAUGCAGAUGUGUUGGUCAGAGUGAAGUAUUGCUAGAACCAUGUUGUCAGUGAUUGUGUCUGUGGAUGUGAACAGUAGGGAGUGUUUGUGUGUAUGAUGGAAGCAGUAGCAUCGCCUAGUGAGUACACAGUGCAGACGGCCCAUUUAAAGUUGUGGAUGUUUGCACCAGCUCAACUGUGAGGAGGCUCACUUUGACUCAUCUGGUGUGAUGGUCAAAUUCCUCUAACAACCCUCCACACUUCCAGAGUGCAGUCUGACUUACCACCAGCAAACUGUGAUCACAUUCAAAGAGAAUAACGGUUUCCUCCUCUUUUCAGUGUCCUGUUAAUGCUGCAGGAUACUUACUGGCUCACUUGGGAUCAUAGGGAAACUCUUGUCCAUUUUGUCAGUUUGGUCCAUGUCACUUAGUGAAAUCCACAUCACCACAUUACUUGUCGCAUUGCACCUAUAAAUUUCUCACAGUGAAAAUGUUGAUUGAAUGUUUUUGACAACGUACUUCCUUUUUUUUUUUUUUUUUGUCCCUCUCAACACUUAUUUUUUGUAGUCGAAAGCACAGAUGUGUCUUUUUUUCCUGUCAUUGAAUCUGUUGAACUCCAUCUGCCGUUCUUUUGUCUGCUUCAGCUUUGGAUUAAAAAAACAAACAUAAAACACAAAA